UUUGUCGACGUAUUGUAAGCGUUUGUACCUUCACGAGUUUAUUAUUUAGUAAUUUUAAUCGUUAAGUAAUGAUAUUCUACUUUUGCCGAUAGUAAACUUUGUCGUGAAAAUGUAAGCUAUUCGUAACGUCAUCAUCGAUUUCUUCAGUGCAGUUUACUUGUAUGCUACAUUUGACUCUUAAGAAAUAUUUGGACCACAUGUAACGCAGUAUUUCGCAUGUAUAAUAUACUAAUAUUGUGAGUAAAAAACACGUGUGUGGAAAUAUAAAACGAGGUUGUGUGCGGUAGACGUUAAAAUGUCUUUACAACAGUGGAUACACAUACGACACUAUAUCCACAAUAUACCAUGGAAAACCUUCGUCAGGGAGUCUUCCAAUACGCAGAACGAAUCUCCAGAGAGGCAUACUCAUCAACUGGCUUUCCAAGGAAAUGAAGCGAAGGCUGCUUACGAGGAGAUUAUUCAACAAACUAGUGCCACGACAGUAAGAUUAAAGUGUCUAAAGUCAAAAAGUGUCGAGAACCAAAGCAAUUCCGGCACGAGUCUGACAUUCAUUAACGCGCAAGCAAAAAGGACUACAAUUUCCGACGACGGCUUGGCAAAAGUUACAAUUAAUACGCUGUUAAAAGCAGUGGAACAAAAAGACUUAAAGUUCUUACAGAAAUAUAUGACGUCGGAGAAUGUGAACAUUUCUGACGACUUUGGUUGGACACCGUUGAUGUCAGCUGCUUACUGUGGUCAUUUGGAAAUCGUGCAGUUCUUGCUGAGUCUUGGAGCUAACAAGAGGAUUAGAGAUAGAUCCGGUCUUACUGCUGCCCAAUUAGCAUUGAAAAGAAAUUAUUUAAGUAUAGUUGCAUUACUGAAAAAGAAACCUGAAUUGGCGAGCAACAAUAAUCAAUCAGCAGCAAAUGUUUCAAGGACAUGUAGUACGAGUGCUUUGCCAGUGAGAUCAGUCUCCAUGGAAUCUUCAAUGGAACGUGAUACGGAUGUUUCCAAUCUUACAGAGGAGAAGACUCAAUUUCCACAGAAUGUAGCGUUUUACUGUGAAAUUUGUAAAGCAAGCUUUCAAGAGACAACACCACAAAAACAUGAAAGCUCUACUCUGCAUAUAUUUAACACGAAGCCGAAACUGAAACACGCGAUGUACGGAAUAUCAAGGCACAGCAAAGGAUAUAGAAUGCUCUUGAAUACAGGGUGGGAUGAGGAAGUUGGUCUUGGUCCCUCUGGAAAAGGAAUAAAAUAUCCGGUUAAAACAUGUUUGAAAAUAGAUCGCAAAGGAUUGGGACAACCGGUAGAGAAUGAAUACAAGAUCACUCAUUUUAAGCCAAAUGAUACUGCUGCUGUAAAUAGUGCUAAAGUACCUAAACAGAAACCAUUAAAGAAGAGAGACAGAGAAAGGCUGCUUCACAGGGAAACUAGAAAAGAAAGAGCUCUGCGUAUUGCAUUAUCUUAAAAUAGACAUGAACAAUUUUAUGCAAUAAAUGUGAAUAUCAAGUUUACUUAAAAGUCAAAUGUGAAAUGAAAAUAUUUCUUUACUGUUCUUAUACAUACUUAUGCUUAUGAAUGAGCAUCACAUAUAGCUGGAAUAUUUAGAAAAAGGUGAAAACAGCCAAAAGGUAAAGCCAGCAAACUUUUCACUGAUUGGCAAGAAAUAGUUAUCCUGGAUAAAAGAAGAAGUAUGAUCAUGUUGGAAUAAAAGCAUUACAAGAGCAGUCAUAUGACAAGACGUGAAUGAUUGGCCCACUGCUAAUAAAGAUACUAUUAUGCGAUACUAAAAGUGGAACUUCUUGGAAAAGUAAUCGAUUGUAUUACAGAUCAGAGAGAAUGUAGUACUACGAAUAAAUUAAAGAGCGACUUGAAGUUACGUGACUUUUAGAGUUAACUCCGCUUAUUCCUGGAUUGAUACCGAAACUGAUGUCUAAUAAAGAAUGCAAUGAGACAAGUUCUAACAAUAAGUUGAAAUGUCUGAUAUAUAAAGCUUUUAUUUUACUCAAUGGUACAAUAAAAGUUCCACAACGGAGCGAAACAUAAA